AUGGAAAUUAUGAAGGAAAAGAAUAAUGAUCUUCAGAAGGCAAUAAAAUGGAAUGAGGAAACAUUUAUGAAAACAAUAUUCCAAUAUAGUGGACAGCUUAGUGGUCUGACAGCUGAGAACUCAAUGCUAAACACUAAACUGGAGAAGGAAAAGCAAAGCAAAGACAGACUGGAAACAGAAGUUGAAUCAUACCAUUCUAGACUGACUACUGCCACCUACGGUCAUGAUCAAAAUAUAAUGUUACUUCAUACUUUAAGAUCUAAUCUGAAAGAUAAUGUAGUGCUUUCUCAGCAACUUUCUAAAGCUGAAAGUCAAUUCAAAAGCCUAGAAAUUGAGCUCCAUCACACUAGAGAUGCUCUCAGAGAAAAGAUUGUGGUGCUAGAAAGUGUACAGAGAGGCCUGAGUCAAGCAUUAGUGUCCAAAGAAGGAAACUGA